UUUUUCAGCGAACAGUUCGAGUAUGGCUGGAAGAUUUGGCCUUGUGCAAAAAGAGAAUGGUUCGAGAGUUCCUUUGGAGAGCAUCAAGAUUAAAGUCGACGUGCAGGGUUUUACAGCACACGUGUUGGCAACGAUGAAAUACUCGAACAAGGAGAGCAAUCCCAUUGAGGCAAUUUUUAUUUUUCCUCUGGAUGAACAGGCAGCUGUGUGUGGAUUCCAAGCUACAAUUGAUGGUCGAACCAUCGUGGCAGAGGUACAAGAGAAGCAAGAAGCUCAAGAUACCUAUGACGAUGCCAUUAGCAGCGGUCACAGCGCGUUUCUGCUGGAAGAGAGCGACGAAAGCUCGGACAUUUUUCAGAUUAGCGUUGGAAACUUACCGCCGGAGAAGGAGGCUGUCGUCGAGCUGCGGUUCGUGACAGAGCUUUUCGUCGAAGCCGAAGGUCGAGUCAUGUUCGUGCUGCCAACAGUGUUAAAUCCCAGGUAUACUCCUCAAGACACUGCCCCCAGUCUGAGCGCACAAGUUCCACGAGUAGCCGCCAUUUCAUCGCCAUACGGGUUCGAGUUUGAGAUGAAAGUGAAAGCUAUUUCCUCCAUCAGCGAGGUUACUUCUUCGUCUAACACUUUGAAGGUCGAGAUAAACGAGAGCGAUGCAACGCAAGCCAGUAUAACGCUCGCAGAAGCGCACACGUUUGACAAAGACGUAGAGGUACACAUUUUGACGAGCGAGCCUUUUAAACCGCAAGCAAUCGUAGAGAGAGGAGUGAAAACAGAAGGAACGGAAGACGAAGAAGGAUUCAUGGCAAGUCCUAUAGUCAUGCUGAAUUUUUUCCCAGAAUUCAAAACCUCAGAGUCGUCGGAAAAGGGCGAAUUUGUGUUUGUGGUUGAUCGCAGUGGAAGCAUGAGGGGAAGUAGUAAUGACAGCGCUCGGGAAACACUCCUUCUAUUCCUUAAGAGUCUGCCGUACGGUUGUUAUUUUAAUGUUGUCGGUUUUGGAAGCAGCUACAAGACACUGUUCGAUAAAAGUGUACUGUACAAUGACGAGAAUUUAAAGAAAGCCACCGAUCUUGCUGGGAGCAUGGAAGCCGAUCUCGGAGGAACCGAAAUCCUUUCCGCUUUGCAGUGGGUGUUUUCUCAGCCCCUGGUUAAAGGUCACCCAAGACAGCUGUUUCUCCUGACCGAUGGUGGGGUUGGAAAUACUCAGCAGGUUAUAAGUUUGGUCCAAAAGCACUCUAACAGCGCCAGGUAUGCAUUUUUGUUCUUUUUUAUUUGAAAUGUUCUUGUGUUUGCUUCUUUGGAAAUGUUUUAUCUCCAUAUUUCACAAUAUUAAUUUGUAGUAAUUUUUUAGUGCAUUAAAAUAAGCAGCAGAGUGGGGAGGGGGGGGGGAGGUGGGAUGGGAUACAGGGAGACUACAGCCCCCUCAAGUGCAAAAAAGAGCAGUUCUGCCCCCCCCUCUCCCACACAAAUUUAAGUGCCAAUGAUAUUACCAGAGCAGCAUAACAUUAGUUUGACAAACAUUCAGUCUUGUUGUCUUUUCAAAUCAUUUCAUCAGGAUCAUGUUUGGCAAAAUUAUAUGUGGUUGGACUUUUUUAUUUGAAUGAAAAGCUCUGGCUUGUGUGCAAGAAGCAAAAACAAUCAGGGGAGGAAAAAUAAUAGGCAGAGUAUACACUUGGUUUAGUACACAGGAUGCACCCUGCUCCCCCCCCCCCCCCAUACCUCAGCGCACUUUGCAAUGUGUUUUAAUCAUAAAUUGUGACUUUUAGGCCAACAGUAUAAUCUGUACCUUACCUGGAAAACAUAGGAAUUAGUACAUGUAGGUCUGUUAGGGAUUUUAUGUAGUAUUCAGGCAUUUAAGAUCUUUUUUCCCAUCAUGAGUCCUAACCGUUUAACUCCCAAGAUCUCAUUAUUGAUUCUCCUUAGUGUCUCCCAUACAAUUCAUAUGAUGUUAGUUUGGAGAAUUUGAAAUUGGAUCAACAAAUAAUCCCCUAAUUGAUGUUUUUCUUUAUUCUCAUUAUUUGUCUGCUUGAUAUUGUACUGAUACUGUAAGGAGAAAUUCUUUCUAGGUCACUAGUGGGACUUAAAGGGUUAAUUACAUCAUCCUGCAUGAAUUCUUGGUAUUUGGUGUAAAGACUUUUGUUAUUACAGGUGUAUUGAUAUCUCAUAGUGAAAAAAAAUUGGUUUUAUCAGUACCUCUCCAUAUCAAUGAUUUUUCCCAGCUAGAGGGUCGUAGGGAUAAUCUGCUACACUCCUGCAGAAUGACCUUCUGGUUCCUGUCAGAGGGCAUAGUCUCUCACUUUUUGGCAAUCAGUUGUAAAGAAAUAAACUGUGGGAGUGUUGAAAAUUUUAAUGAAAAUUUGUGGGGAAUACCGGAAAAUAAACACAUUUUGGACUUGUAAUAUAAGGCUUACCCUUUUCCCCACAAAUUUUCCUCUUGACUUGAUUCUGAAGAAGAGUAUUUUCUCAUGAUUCAAUUGUGUUCAAUUAUUGUAGGUGUUUUACAUUUGGCAUUGGGGCUGGUGCAUCAACUGCACUCGUCAAAGGAGUUGCCAGAGUGGGGAAGGGGACUGCAGAGUUUGUCACAGCCAGGGAAGACCGGUUGCAGGCCAAGGUAUGAAAUUGUUUUAUUUGAAAUCUGUUUUGUCAUAGUCAAACCUCCAUGAUCAGUAGAUAAUUUCAAAGACAACUUGAGUGAGAACCAGAACUAUUGAACUGUCUUUUGAACCUUACACCUCCUGGGUUAGAGAAUUUGAUAUUUUAUUUACAGACACUUAUAAUCACCAAUAUGAUUAAGUUCAUUAUGCUCAUCAUUUGUGUAAAUUAACAAAGCAUUAGAUACUGAAGAUAGAAGACACAUGCUGACUACUUCUGUACUGAGCAAAGGGAAGGAGAAGUGUCUUUUUGUGGGAGGCUAUACAGCUGUAGUUAAAAGUUUGUAUCUUUUUGGCAUGUCACUAGACUUCUAUGUAAGCUUACUGAAGGCUUACAGUGUAUGUUGGCACUGUUUUUUUCUUGAAGUGAUUGUUGCAGUAGUUGUCUUUCUGAAAGCUAUGUACUUUAAAGGUUACUUAGACAUGACAAUCUCGUGAAAAUAUUUGACACAUACUCUGUUUGGUCUCUUUGACAAGGACUUUCAAUAGCCAUUCUCCAUUAAAACCUUGGAGGAGUUUUGUGUCAUCACUUUCUAGUUUCUUUUUGCUGUUCUCUGCACUGUAGAAUGCCUUAUUUUGUGACAGUACUCUGUUGUUACUGUUCUCUGCUCUCUAGAAUGCCUUAUUGGGUGACUACUCUGUUGUUACUGUUCUCUGCACUCUAGAAUGCCCUAUUGCAUGACAGGACUCUGUUGUUGCUGUUCUCUGCACUCUAGAAUGCCUUAUUGUAUGACAAGACUCUGUUGUUGCUGUUCUCUGCACUCUAGAAUGCCUUAUGGCAUGACAGGAUUAUUUGAGUACAAGUGAUACUGCAUGAUCUACUUGUCUUAAUGCCAAGUUUUACAUCUUUCAAAACAACAUAUUUUUAAAUAUCCCCAGUUGCGAAUUAUAUCAAAUGAAAACUUUUAUAUUUUGUAACAUUAAUACUAAAAAUGUGGUAUAAGUUUUAUAUUUUGUUGCAAAGUGUAAGGGUGUGUUGUGUCAUCUAGACUCGGUCAAGUUACUCCUUUCAUUGCUAUUGCUCAACUGAAUUUUAUUAAAGAAUCAACAAGCUAUAUUCACAAAACAAUACUAGGAAUCAGUAAUACUACUUUUACAUAGGAAUGUACUUUUACAAUCAUGUACCGAUCGUGUCUUACAGGAUAUAGCGUGACUAUUGUAACGCUUAGGUAACGCAAUACACUACAGGGUGCAUUAAAUUAAUAUUUAUAUGUUUAUUGUUAAGUGUUUUACAGGAUUGUUUAAAAUAGAAAAGGGCAUGACAUGCAUUACUUGGUAGUCUUGUGUAACGUUUUAUAUAAGCCUUCUCACCCUAACAUCAGUAUGUGUACUCUCCAUACUGUUCUCUGUAUAUUUCGUAAGGUACUAGCAAGAGGAAUUUGUUUAAGAAUCAAGAGGCUCUUUAGUUCGUGAUCAUUUCCUGUCUUCUCUUGAUCUUCAUGUUUGAUUCCAUUGUGCUAUUGUAAGGAGAAACUAGAUGCCAGUCACUCUAAUGGGUUGAAGGGUCAAGCAUAAUUGAUGAAUCCAUUUCCUUCAAUCAUAUCAGUCAAAGAAUUGGCAGAAAGGAUUUUGUUACACAAAAGUAGGAAAAUCUGGUGCUCUGUUCAAGGAGAAUUGUACAUGUAUUUUUGUACUUUGGUGUAAUUUUGUCCUUUUUUUCACACUCUUCACAAAUUUAGAUAUGAAUUUUCCUUUUUCUGCUGUACAUUUGCUUGUUUUUAAGAAUUGUAAUCUAAAUAUUCACUGACUCACCUCAAGGCUGGCCAAAGUUUGUUAUCUUGCAAAGAAUGGUGUUGGAUACACAGUAAUUAUGAAAAUGACUUACUGGUCCAAGGAAGAUCACCACAACUGACAUUGCUGGUGUAGAUUUGAGUUCAGACAUGCAGUAGUUUAAUCGUUACCAAACUUCACAGCUAGGAACUUACUCAAAGACCCUCUUAAAGCUGUUGAAUUUAUCAUGAUUAUGCACUUAACCACCUAAAAUGAAGUGACACAGUAAUGCAAAGGUAUGAACCACAUUUUAAAUGAACAACUGUACAGAUUUGAUAAAGUUAUUACUCCACUUAACUCUAAUCAUAUUAUGUCAUCUCAAUUUAUUGUGAUAUUUUAUGUUACUGGAAUAUGUUCACUGCUCUUGUCUGAAAGUAAUAUGGUAAUUAGUAUACUGUAUGUAAAUGUGUUUCUUGGUAAUUGUAAAUCCCAAAUUUUGUCAUUUUUAUUACUAUUUAAUUUUUCAAUUUUACAAGCUUGAAAAAGAAGAAAUGUUGUGCUAUAUGUGUCAUCAAGAAAACUUUGUUAUGGGCUUCCAUGCAGUGUUAGUAAUAGGAUGCCAAAAUACAGUAAAACCAAAUUUUUGUAAUUUAAUUUCGUUCAGCAAAGAAUGACUCUGGUAUAUUUAACUUAAAUAUUAAAAUUAUCGGUAUACACGGUGUAUGUGAAACUGUUUUUAACAGGAGUUCAAACGAAAUAAAGUAGACGACGUGCAUAAAAAUGUAUAUUUCGGUUGCAUUCUCUUUGCAAUUCAACGCACCAGGAGAGCUCCUGGGUGAAAUUUGAGAAAGAUUGUGAGCAGAUAUGAUUCGAUCAAAGGGUGUCCAGGAGAGAUUGCAGUUGUAGCAGCUGAAGGAAAGCUGUUGUGGGCCACCACCCUGGCUCUGGUGCUGCUGAUGAGAAAAUACUCGGAUCAGAAAGAUGAAUGAGAAAUGGGAAGAAUCUUCCUUCAACUGUCACUGUCGCUAUAAUACUGGAGACUGCAGCAGCUACAGUUGGAGUUGAAAUUAACUCUGGUCUUUGAAUGGCUCAGACACGCCUUGAGAAGGAUCGGCUUUAAGAGCCACCGUGACACAUUCGUGCUGCGAAUAAGAUUGUUAGUGCGCGUAAAUCCCUCGGGAGAAAUGAAAAAAAGUUGACAUUUUGGGAGGCGGAAGUGCAUUCGAGUACCUCCCAUCUUCCUUCUGGAGAGAUGUCCGCUCAUUCAAAAGGAUUCUUCUCUUCGCUGUUUGGGGGCUCAGUGAAGAAAGGAAAAGGAGAUAAAGCAGCAUGUUCUUAUCCAGCUCUAAAAUCAGUAGGUCUAGCGGCACCUGAAACUGUUGUCGAUGGGGAAGGUGACAGUGAAAGUGAUGACAAGUCAUUUGGGGUCAUCCAAUCAAACUGCUACAUGGCCUUUAAUGUUUAUGCAGAAAGGCUUCUGAAGCUCCUGAAGCUCCUGUUCCUGAAGUUUCCGCCAACAACCAGAAAAAGAAAGGUGCUCGGUCUGCCUUGUCAGUUAUUUCAUUUAAGAAAGCGUCAGGACCUCGGGACCUCACAGAUCAGCUGGUGUCCUUGUGCGAUGCAAGUAGAAGUGAUUUGAUCAAAGGAUGUCCAAAAGAGAUUGCAGCUGACACACCUGAAGGAGAGCUGAUGUGGGCCACCGCCCUAGCUCUGGUACUGCUGAUUGGAAAUUACUCGCAUUAGAUAGAUGAACGGGAAAUGAUCGCUGAAAAAGGCACAAAAUGUCUGGUAAAGAAUCUUCUGGGAAGUUUAACACUGGAUCAAGUGGUAGAGAGUGCAGCAGCUGUAGUGGAAGUUCCGGUUCUUUCUGGACUGUGACUUGCUGGCCAAAUAUUUCCAUUAUUUCAAUAUGUCACAAUUACCUCAGUGUCGUUUGCACAAAUUUGAAGUAAAACGUUGCUCAAUUAACUACUGAAGACGCUAACCUUAAGCCGGCCGGUAGACCGAGUGUGCUUGGUGCUGAUUCAUAUUUUGCAUCAGGAAAAGGAAAAAACUAGACUCUAUUUGAUCUAACCGGACAAUUAGGGUUAAUGAUUAAAUUUUUCUUGUUCGUAGACCUGUCCGACCGACCUGUUUGGAAUUAGUGGUAAGAUUCUCAAUUAAAUUAGUUUUCAGUAUGAGGCGUACAAGUGCUCUUUCCUAACCCGAGAAUUCAGAUGACUUUUUUACCAAAUUGUUUUGAAAAGAUCUAAAGCAAAACGACAAACAUUGGUAUAACGCUUGUUCGUUGCUUGUUUUGUCGUGUAGCAAGUUCCUUCCUCAACUAGCUCGAGGCUAUCUAUGGCCUGUACCAGGUAACCAGUUUAUGGUAAUUUGCAAAAAAGCGAAGCAGGCUACAGAGAAGAAAGAAGGGCACUAGGAUUACUGAGGGGUGAUGAUCUUUGCAAAUUUUAUCUCACCCGCUCAAUCUUUCAUCUCGACCAGCUAAAAGUUUCACAUAGGCUCUGAGAUGUUGUUGCUGCUGUUGUUGUUGUUUUUUUUUCACACCUCAGGAAGCUUUUGCGAGUGCUUUUAACAUCAGUGAUUAUUUACAGACGCCGUUGGACAACUUCAACCACUGAGAUGGAAAUCUAACACAUUUGAAAGUGAAAUAUUUAGGAGGCAUAAUAAUUUAUUCGAAUUAAUUGCGAAGGCUUUGCUGUGUCUUUGUAAAUUGUAGGAUUCUUCCCCGUAAGUGUUAAAAAAGCUCAGCAAAUAUACAGCGGUUGAUGUGUAAAGUAAUUCUAACGUGUUACAUAGUCUAACGUAGUUAAGCGAACAAUUUUCUCAAUUUAAUGAGAAAACUUAAUUAGAGAUGUUAUAAACGCAUGUAACGUUCCUAUAAAUAAAUUGAAAGUGAAGAAGCACAUUUUGGAAACGAGAAAAGUGUGCGAAACUUACAUUUGUUCAGGCUUUGACUCAGGUUUCUUCCUUAGUGCUAAUUAAAACCUGCACCUACGAUUUCUUUACUAGAUUCGUAAACUAUGAGUCUAAUUCGAGUGUCAUUGUUUUGCGAAGGACGUUGAUUUUCAGCCGACCACACAGUAAGAAGUUCACUGUUUCUUUUUUUUUAAUUUCUCCUCAAGGCCUCGUUGGCUAAGUUUGUUUCUUCAAAAUUUCCAGAUUGGUGUGGAUGGGGUUCGUGAUAUUCUUUUUUUUGCCGUUGAUUUAUUCGUUAAGACCUUUUUGGUGUUGAAUCGUGGAGAGCUACUGCAUAUUCACCUAGAUUAAUUAGUACUAUUGCACACGACAAUAAAAACGCUGGGAAAUGAUAGGUGCUUUAAGACUGAGGCAGUUUUCAACUUUAAAUUAACAGGUAAUCAAGACACUAAAGCGAGCCCGGCAACCUGUCAUCACAGAUGUGAGCAUAACCUGGAAACUAGAAAAAGACUGGACUGUGCAGCAGAUCCCCUCGUCUCUUCCUCCGCUUUUCAGUGGAGACAGGCUUGUUGUUUAUGGCGUUUUGAAGGCGUCUGAAAACAAAAAAAGCGGUAGCGGAGUGAAUGAAGUGAAACUCGAAGGUAACGCAGAAAAUGAUGACCAAGUGGAUCAUAUCAUUCAGUUUGCAUCCCCCGCCACAGAAGACAGCUGGGAUACAGAUGCAAGAACCGAAGGAAGAAUCCUUCUUCAUCGGCUAGCAGCCAAGAAUUCUAUUCAAGAAAAACAAGGUGACGUCAAUGAAUUGGGCGACAGUGGGCCAAGGGUUGAGAAAGCUAAGAGCUAUGUUAUCAGCAUCAGCAAGUCGGCCAAUGUUGUAUCAAAGUUAACGUCGUUUGUGGCUGUUGACAAAGACAGCCGUGAGCCUGUAUCUGGACCGCUUCGAAAACGAGUGGCCAACUUUGCCUCAAUGAUUACGUCUGCGGCUGGUAGGAAACAAGCCCUCUGUAAAAGCGCGGCAACAAGACGAGUGAGACCGAAAAGUAUAAGGAAAAGGAAAAGCUGCCUUGAUGCUCCUCUCGUUUCCACUCAUAACCAGAAGAAGAAAGGUCAUCUGUCUGCCUUGUCAGUUAUUUCAUUACAGGAAGCGUCAGGGUCGUGGGACCUCACAGAUCAGCUGGCGUCCUUGUGCGAUGUAAGUAGAAGUGAUUUGAUCAAAGGAUGUUCAAAAGAGAUUGCAGCUGACACAGCUGAAGGAAAGCUGAUAUGGGCCACCGCCCUGGCUCUGGUGCUGCUGAUGGGGAAGUACUCGGAUCAGAAAGAUGAAUGGGAAAUGAUCGCUGAGAAAGGCAAAAAAUAUCUGAAAAAGAAUCUCCCGGGGAGUUUAACACUGGAUCAAGUGCUAGAGAGUGCAGCAACCGCAGUGGGAGUUCAGGUCAAUACUGGACUGUGACCAGAUAAAUAAUUACCACUAUUUUACACCUUUUUCACAAUUACCUUAGUGACAUGAAUUUGAUGUAAAAUGCAAAACCUAACUCGCGUCAUUACUUUAGUAGCUAAACGUAGGCUACCCGUUAAUCCAGGUUUGUCGUGGUGCUGACUCAAAUCCCAUCAGAAUAGAAUGAAAGAAAAAAUAGACUAUGUUUGAUCUGGCCGGAUAGGGACGGAAUUUUUCUUGUUAGUAGGCCGAUCCGGCCGAUCAAUUUUGGAUCAGAGGCAAGAUUCCCAGUAAGUUUAUCAUUAGUAUGAUGAUUUACGUAUACCAAUGUUUAGUGCGAACUUGGUGAUUCUGAUGAUUUUUUUACCAACUUGUUUUCAAAUUAUCUAAAGAAACAAAAAGAAAAAUCGGUACCAUGCUUGUUUCCUGCUCGUUUCGUCGUUAAGUAGUGCUUAUUUUCAACCAGCUUAAGGCUAUUUCAUGGCCUGUGCGAGGGAGCCAGUCUGUGGUAACUUGCACAGAAGCGACAUAACGAAAGGGACUAAGAUUAUCAAGGGGCCAAGAAACCCACUGGUUUUCUCUCAGUCGUUCAGUCUUUAGUCUCGCACCUUUGACAAAGAAUAAUUCAGCAGGCGUUAUAAUGUAGUGAGAAUACUUUGUCGUGUUUUUGUGAAUUGUGGGAAUUUUUACUCUCGAGUGUCAAAAGAGUUCCGCAAAUAUACCGCAGUUGGCGUGUAAAGUUACUUUAACGUAAUGCAUAGGCAAACGAAUUAAGGACGAAAAUUUUCACAAUUUUAAAUCAAAUUAAUUGAGUAGCUCUGUCAUACAUGUUAUACUUGUAGUGUCCCUCUAAAUAAAUAGGAAGUUAAC